AAUCUUUAUAUUAAAACAGAACUGACAUGUUGCUAAUGACUACUUUUACGAAUUAAGAUAGAAAUCUUAUGAAACAAAAAUCUGGUUAUAUUUCCUACUUUUGUAAACAUAAAACGUUAGCAAUAAGACAAGUUUGGAUUCUGAGUUAUUCUUCAAAAUGUGGGCGAUAUUGUUACUCAUUGCUUCUCCAGAAGUAUUGGCAAAUUGCCCACAAAAUUGUGUGUGUAAUAACACAGAAGUUGUGUGUGAAAACUUGCAGAAACUUCCAGUAAGCCUACCAAAGAACAUUAAAAGUUUUACGAGCCGUUCAAAUCUUUUUACAACUGUUCCUGCUGGUUACUUUACGAGAUCACAAUACCCCGAUCUACGAAGUAUUUCAUUCAUCCAAGGUAAAAUUAAGAAGAUCGAAAAAAAUGCAUUUAAAUCCUUGGUAACCAACAUCACCAUCAAACAAAAUAAUUUAACAUCAAUCGAUUCUGAAGUAUUUAACGCACUUUCUUUGUCGUACCUCGAUUUAAGUUUUAACAGUAUUUCAAGCAUCGCGAAAGAUGCAUUCGUACGUUCAAGACAACUGAAGGAGUUAAAUUUACAAGGUAAUCAAAUCAAAUCAAUUGAUGCUCCCAUAUUCGCAAAUGGAAUCAUACAUCGCGUUGACUUAACAGACAAUUUCCUUCCUUGCUCCUGUGUAGUAUCCAGACAAUUGCGGACAACAUUUCAGAGCGUAAACAGUAUCCUUGGAAACUGCAAACAGUAUAAUAACGAAGAGACAUUGUCUCUUGAAGUAAUUAGAAAGGAAACUGGACCGUGCCAAAACGGUACAUGCUCCAACUUAGAUCUAUGUGAUUGUAAGGAUCGCUAUAUUGGCAGACUUUGCGAGAACGUGAAGCCCAUUUGCUACGAAAACGGUCUGUGUGGUAAUAAUGGCCUAUGCAUGGAAUUAGGACCGAAUGAUAAAGUAUGCAAAUGCUUUAAUGGUUAUUCUGGAAAGUUCUGUACUAUAAAACCAACCAACUGUUCUUCAAAACUUUGCAAUGACCAUGGUGCGUGUGUAUGGAACGGGGAUGGAAAUUUUAGUUGCAGUUGUUUUGAGAACUAUUCUGGCGACACGUGUCUUUAUAAAAAUGUAGUGACAGAAGAGAAGAACGGUGCUGUAACUAGUGUCCUGAUUGCUGGCGCUAUUUUUUGUGUGAUUUUACUUCUGUUGAUUGGGAUCUUUUUCGUGAUGCAAAGGAAAUAUCAGAGAAACAACCCAACCGCAUCGAAAGAUUUUGUCAUGAAGAAUAAAGAAGCUGAAGCAACAGAAGAAUAUAGCACAGCGCGAGAUUUGGGUCCAUCGUCCAAGAUACGCGAAUAUGUAUUAUAAACAAGUAAAUUCACCAGAUGCACAACGAAUUCGUUAUCCUUUUGAAUGCACAAUGCUGGAUAUUGAUGAAAAUCAAGUCGACACAGUAAAACAAACCUAGUUAAAUGUAUUUUUUAGGUGAAUGAUUUUUGACAGUUCUUCUUCCGAAUUAUCAAUUUUCUAACCAUUAAGUAGCCAGCUAAAUGAGAUUUUCACAACGGCACAAGCGUAAUACCUCAGAAAAAGGAUUGCUGCACUUUGAUUGGUGCUCCUGAUAAUUAUUCUUUUGUUUUGAUCGUCUGUAAUUUAGUAAUAAAAAAUCUCUCUAUAUCAGAAGCGCGAACUUGAUUGUACCAGUGGACUUUGUUUCAGAUAAAUAUUGUAUCUAACUAAAAAUAACAAUCGAGUUGUUUCUAUCCGUUUUGCAGGGAUCUUUGCGCGUACCUUAUCGGUGAACAAUCCGUCGACUAAAAGUGCCUUUUUGGUGGGUGACACAAAAUUUUUACCGAUGAAAUAAAUGAUUGACAAAUAUUUUCGGCAGUCGAUUAUUUCUAUCCGACCAAUUUUAUCCCCAAGGAGGAUUUCUUGAUAAAUUAAUAUUUUUUGGCCUUAAAUACGUUAAAAGAGAUGAUUCAAAAUGAAUUAUAGAAUCUUCUACUGAGAAACCACCCCUAAUGACAGCGAGUCAAAGUGUCUUCUAGCAAACCAAGAAGUUUCCGGGUUGUACCAUAAUUGAUGAUAAUUCUUAAUAAUUUAUGAUGAUUAAUGAUAAUUGAUGAUAAUUGAUAAUAAUUUAUGAGGAUUAAUGAUAAUUGAUGAAAAUAUAAUGAAAGAUAAUAUCAAAAAAUUCUUUAAUAUACCCAGCCAAAAUAUUUCGUCGGUUAAAAAUUAAGAUCAUUUAACGCCACAAAAUGACCGACGGAUUUUUCACCGAUAUAAGGUAGCUAAAUUUAUUUAAAAUAUGUAGUAUAAUGAAUCAUUUUUUACCUCUAUUUUGAAACACAUACAUUGUUUUGUUCUCGUUUUCCCAUUGAGUGUUUGAUUGAUUGAUUAAUUAGUUGAUUGAUUGAUUGAUUAAUUGGUUAAUUGAUUGAUUGAUUGGAGUCCUAACUUUCUACCAAGAGGAGGGAGUGGGGGAGCGGGGUGGUGACUUCGACGCUUUUAAUAAAUUUUGGCUGUAGAAACAUUUCUAGUCAAUAGAUCUUGCAAACAACUUUCCCGUCCUCCUUAUGCCAUAGCCGC